CCACCACCUCCCCCCCCCCUCGCAACUACUCCACUCCACUUUCUUCGCUCGUGUCCGAUCCGCCCCUUCAUUCGCCUCCGUCCCCCGUCCCAGCAGUUUGUUUGUCCACCAUCACUGCCAAGGCCUGCGCGCCUGUCAGGGGCCCAUUCCUCGCUCUCUGCCUCACGCCCCACCUCUCCUCCUCUCCCACCUCUCGCGCACCUCAUCAUCUCGGUCCAUAACGCCACGUCACUACAGUCCCCAUCGCCUCCCAACUUGGACGCGUCGUCGCUUUGGCCAUGUCACAACAGGCAGGGCCAACGGCCUCCACCGACGCUGCGGCAUCAGACCAGAUCAAGCAGCAUCAAUUGUUGCUCGCACAUCUUCAGGCUCAGCAACAGCAGCAACUACAGCAGCAGCAGCAGCAGCAGCAGCAGCAACAACAACAACAGGGGCAAAAUCAACAGUCUCAGCCCCAGGCAGGAGGUUUUGAUGCCAAUCUUCAGCAGCAACUGCUCGCCCAACUUGCGUCUCGCAUGCCCGGCAACAACCCCGGGGCCAACAACAACAUCACCAACAGCAGCAACCCUCUCUUCCCCAACCUUCCUCAGUUGAGCCUUCCAGCAGCGCGCAAGCCGAGCGGCGGCGCCGCAGGUGCGAACGGAAACGCGGGCUCGCCAGCUGGAUCUGCCCCUUCACCAGCCUCUGCCGGGCCCACAAACCUCGCCGACUUGCAAACGCAGCUCCAAGCGCGCAUGUUGCAGGCGCAGCAAGCUGUCAACGCCGCGACCAGGCAACGCGCAGCGUCAGGUAACGGCCCUCAACAGAUCGGAGGCGCGUCCAGCGGCGCCCAGCCAAAGUUGUCGAACGGCCUACCAGACUGGGCGAACAUUGCUGCGGCGUCGGGCAUGCUGGGCAAUCUGGGGCCCGGCGCCGAUCGCGACGCGAUCAUGAAGCAGCUGCACAUGCUGCAAGCGGCGCGAGGAACGAAGCAGAACGCUGCCGGAGGAUCGACAGCUCCUGGCAUGGGCGCGACCGCUCCCUCCCCAGCUUCGGUCACUGCUCCAUCACCUGCCACAGUGACGGCCCCGUCGCCCGCAGCCAACGCCGGCACACCAGCGUCCCAGCCACAGCCGCCGAUCGCUGCGGCUUCACCUGUCACGGCCCCUUCGCCCGCUGCGGCGGCCUUGGCUGGUGCUAUCCGUCCUCCGGGGACAUCGCAGUCGAUCGCUGGCAUGUCUUUGGCAGGCGGUCUCGCCGGGCAAGCUGGCACUCCUGGCGGCGCUGGGCCCCCUCGACCACCAGCCCGCCCGGGGCAGCAGAAGCUGAACCUCAUCAACUCGAUGAUGGGGUUUUUCAAAACGAUCAACCAAACGCCGCCACCCGAAGUAUUCAACAACGGAGAGCAGCAUGGCGCAUUCAAACUAGGGGACGCGUGGAUCGACAUUGCCGAACUGUUCUUCCUCGUCUUCCGAGCAGGCGGUAUGAUAAAGUUGAUGCAAAUGCCCAAUCCUGAACAGCAUCCCGUCUGGCAGCAGAUCUUGAGUGCCAAGAACAUCCCAUUGACACUGCCGAGCCCAGUGACGCUCCCGCGGACGCCUGGCGAUCCACAGCCACCAACGCAGACAACGACGAACGCAGCUCAUUAUCUGUUCGCCGCGUAUCGCGCCUGGGUCCUUGGGUUUGAGCAGGCCAUGGCAAGGCAAAAGCUGGUCCACAUGCAGAAGCAGCAAGCACUCGCGGCGGCCGCCGGAGGAGUGCGCCCGCCCCUUGCAGCCCCCUCGCCUAUCUCCGCCUCCUCUCCAGCUGCCCCGACAAUCGGAGCACCUACCCCCUCCGUGGCUGCGCCUUCUCCCGUCACGAUGACAGCGCCAUCUCCAGCCGUGGCCGCUGCCUCGCCGGCCUUCGCCGCCCCUUCUCCUGCCGUGGCUGCUGCAUCCCCAGCUGUCGCGGCUCCUUCCCCAGCGCCUUCUGCGCAGCCGCCUGCCGCUGCUCCGAGCCCGGCGGCAAGCCUUGCCGCUCAGACACCGGCUGCACAAAAUGCCCCUUCCCCGGCUGCGGAAGUUGCUACUCAGUUGCAAUCGCAGCCGCAGGUUGCACCCUCUCCGCUCCCUCCUCCCACAGCUGCUGGCCCGCUGGCAGCGACACUUGAGGCUCGCGCCCCGCCCCAAAAACCGCGCAUUGAGAUUCCCGUUGCGCCGACUCCCGCACCACCCUUGCCAGUCGCCGCCGUCGCCGCAGCUCCAUCGCCGAACAUGCUUGCAAACAUGCAAGCAAACAUCAACGGCGCCACCGGGAAGGACGCCUCUGGUAAGAGGCGCAAGCGUGCUGAUAAGAUGCCGGUCAAACAAUCGACCCCCGGUAGCGCGGCGGACUCGACAGACAGUCCCGCUCCAAGUCAGCAGCCGUACGUCAAGCGUCCACGGUAUCGCGUCGAAUAUCGGCCUCUGCACUUCCCUCAGCCCACGAUGGCUGGAUGGGACGAGAGAGUCAUAGCGUCGUCUUUCCCAAAGCACAAUCUCGGACGGCCAACGCACUCCGCUGCCGAGCUUGGUCCAAUCGACAUGGAAGCCAUUCUAAUGGGCCUGAAGUCGAGGCUUCCAGGAGAACUCAGCUACGCCCUUACCGUCCUGUCGUUGCUCUCCAUGCCCCAGCACGACGACCGCGUACCUCAGCUGCCUAUCCAGCCCAUGCUCGAAGUUUACUUUGAGCUCAUCGAGCUCAUUGGCGAAUCCGCGCUUGGAGAGGAUGGGGUGGACGGCUGGUUGAGGGAGAAGGCAAAGGCUGAGGUGGCGGAGGCACCAUCGCGCCGGGCGUCGCCGGUCCGUGAUGAGCCGCCGCGCAUGAGCUACGCGGAUCUCGAGCGACUGGGUCGCGACACGGACCUGUCCGUGGACGAGGAAGAUACGAGCAAAGACCAGACUGGAGGAGCGACGGACAUUGUCCUCGCCGGCCUGAACAUUAUCAGGAACUUCUCGUAUCACCACGAUAACGCGGCCGUGAUGGCCUGCCCACAGCUGGUAAACCUCCUUGCAGCUGUCACGGAUGUCUCGCUUGGUCGCCUACCUGGUGCCACUAGCGACCGCCAACCAUACUCGAUUCUCGAGCUCGCUCGUGUUCGCCGAGAGGCCGUGUCUAUCAUGACCAACCUUGCCAAUCAUUUCGAUCUGCGGAGGACCAAGGCGCCCGCGACGCUCGGCAUCUUCCGUCUCGUGACGUCUUUCCUCAUCAGCGGAUGGGAGACGCUGCGACUGCGCGAGUCGGGAUACGGCCCAACGAUUUCUAUCCGCGACGUACCUCCCUCGGCGGUGCUGUCUAUUGACCGAGCGCUGGAGGCUUUCUCUCGCCUUGCACUGGCUGACCACAACCGCGAGGUUUUGGGGACACUGGUGCCGACGGACGAGUUGGUGGAGCUGUUCUCUUCGCUCGUCAAGCUCCUCCCCAUCUCGACGCGCGACAAGGAGGCGAUGCUGAGCAUAGAGGACUACCUCGGCCGCGUUGAGCUCGCAGUCAUGAGCGUGUAUUCGCUGGCCUUCCUGGCUCCGACGGCCGCGCGCGCCGGCAUGCGCGCCUCGCCGGGUGCGACCGCUGUCUUAACCCGCCUCGUGUGCGAGCUCGCCCCACGCGGGCCUAACCUCAAGCAAUCUCCUUUCGGCAUUCUCGUACGGCGCGUCGCCGAGACUCUGGCGGUGCUCAACGGCACAAUGACUCCCAGCGGCAACGCCGAAUCCAUGAGUUUCGCGGCUGGCGGCGUGGAAGGCAAGGGCUGGCGCUUCGCCAAUGACGUUGUGGAGCCUGGCUGGCUCGCUGCGGACAGCGACCGUCUCCUCGAGGCCAUGGGGUGGGGCAAGGGCGACGGUAGGAUCUGGCAGGUCGACACGUCCACGUUCGCUGAGCUCGACGGACUAUUUCUGGGCUAAGCGGGACGGACACCUCUGUCGCCCCAGCCGGCUUUGCAGGUGCUCUCUCUUGCCGUGCGUUGUGCUGCGCGCCGUCCACGUCCCCUACAUUGUUGUAGUGUAGAGUAGUAGAUCAUGUAUACUUAGUCAC